GAAAUCCCAGGAAAACAAAACCAUUGAACUUACUGAAAUGUUUAUUUUUAGUUCAUUUCGCAAUAAAUCCUAUGUAAUUCAUUGAAAUCGUACGUUGUUUAUAUUUCUAUUUUCGCCUAAACGACCUGAUUUAAAAUUGAGAAUAUAUCAUAUGUUAGUUAAAAGUCAGCAGUAUCGCUUUACACACUUGUCAGCUAUAUUAUUUCUGAAAAUUUUGGAAUUCUAUUCAGUGACAGUUUUUCUAUUCAGUGACAGUUUACAGGAAAAUAAUAAUUUAAAAUGGCAGCCUCAAGAUACGUGCAAAAGUUUACAAGAAAGCCAAAAUCACAGGUGAAAGAUGAGUUUUUUAUCAGUACAGAUGAUGUGAUACAAGUCACUCAGUUCAAAGACAAGAUAGAAAAUAUGCAUCAAAUUCAGAUAAGCUUUGAGAAUAAGACCGAGGAAGGACAGUGGUUGAUACUGCAAGGAGAACCUGUAGAUCGGAGAAAUGCUAAGAAUUAUAUCACAGCUAUGUGUAACCCUACAGAGAAAAGGCAAGUACAGUUUCCAACCUCAUCAUGCACAGAAUUAACUGAUCCAUCAACUUUAGAAUACAUUGAAAAAACUACCAAUGCAUUUAUAAGACCAUUAAAGAAAAUUGCUCAGUUUGAAAUAACUGGGACAGAUCUUGCUGUGACUUUAGCCUUGUCACAGAUUGAGGAAUUAGCAGGAUCUGCAGUUGUUGGUGCGGAUUGUGAUCAGUUUGAUGAUGAAACAGAUGGACAAGAUGAAGGUGUGAUCACAAUUUCUCCAAAUACCCAUAAUGCUUCAUCCAGACUUUCCUCGGUAUUAGAGAGAGCUCUAUCAGCUAACAGUGAUGGCAUCUGUUCUUUUGAUGACUAUCGUAAAACAACACCAGCUGUUCAGAGAGUACUUGUAAAUUGUCUACAAGAUGAUGAUCAAGAUGAUAUUGAUGAUGACUUACUUUUUGCUGAUGGCAAAAAGGACACAUCUUUGAAAGGUUCUAAAAUAAUGAUGUUUUAUGAAGGUGAUACUCAAGAGACUAGUAAAGCGACAGAUGUUGAUAAAGAACAGACAGAACAAACUUCUCCAGGAGCAACAGCAUUUGCGGACAAAAUGACAGAAUUAAACAUAAAUCCACCUGUAACCCCUUUAUUAACUAAACAGCAAGAGUAUCUGCGCAGCUUUGGUACAUCUGUAGGCUUUCAGGAAGCCGAGGUAACUAAAGCUUUACAGUUUGUUGAUGAGAAAACACGGCCCUCUGAUUUUCUUGAUCUGUUGAAUUCCCUGCAAGAAGCUGAUGUAUCACAUGAAAAUGACAGUGGAGAUGAUGUAGUAAUUUUAGAAACUGAAACUGUUGAUCUUGUUACUGAUGAAAGAACAGUUGUUGAUGAAACGUUGAAAGUAAAAGAUGAUGGCAAAGUAUCAGAUCAGAAUAAGAAAAUUAAUGCAGGUAGACCACCAGAAGAGCAGUAUCAGUCCUCACUACCUGACGGGUAUAAGGAAAGGUUAUUGAGAGAUUUCUUUACUGAAGAUGAACAUUGUUCAGUUGAUGAACUGAAAAAACGAAAUGCAGAGAGACAAAAACUGUUACGUCAAAAUUUUGAAAGUCAGCAGGGAACUCCGACCAAACAACCAAAUGCUCAAGGGCAGACAGGGAAAAAACAGAAUAAAGGGAAAAAUAAACGUAAGAAAAAUAAACAGCAGCAGCAAAGUAUUGAGAUCAAGACUGAUAGGACGGAUUUGCAUGAUAAACAGUUUCGGUUAGACUCGGGUGAAAAUGAUAAUAAAACCUAUUCAAAUGAUGAUGAACAAACAUGUGUUUUAAGGGUUUGGAGUAAGGAUCAGGGACAGACUGAACCAGGUGGUGGUAAAUCUACUGAUGAACCAUUUCAGACAACACCUAAACGUAAAAAUUGCAAAGGCAGGAAUAACCAGUCACAAUGGCCUCAACUUGCUUCAGGAAAUAAUAAUCAAAGACAAAAUUCACCAAAUCGUGCUUUUGGGGCACAGAGUGGAACACAAUGGUCGGGACCUGUGGGCAGGGGCAAUUUUAGAAAACCUACGCAAGUUGUAACACCUGUGAAUGCUCCACUUGGAGGAUAUAACAAGAUGGCACCACAAGGACAGAGUAGAACUGUUGGAGCAGAGUUAAGAUACAUUAUCAUAGAUGGCUCUAAUGUAGCCAUGACACAUGGUAAUGGCAAGCAUUUUUCCUGUAAAGGUAUUAAACUUUGUGUAGAUUAUUUCCGGCAGAGAGGGCACGAUAAGAUCACCGUGUUUGUUCCUCUAUGGCGACAGUAUCAGCCAAGUGAAACUAACAUGAUACUAGAUCAGAAUAUUCUGUCUGAACUGAAGGAGGAAGAUGUUUUAGUGUUUACUCCAUCUCGAAGGAUUGGAAGGAAACUUGUGGUUGCAUACGACGAUAGGUUUGUGUUGGAGCUUGCGGAGGCAGAAGAUGGUAUUAUUGUAUCAAAUGACCAGUAUAGGGAUCUCAUGACGGAAAAAGCUGGAUGGAGAAAAUUGAUCGAAGAGAGAUUAUUGAUGUACAGUUUUGUAAGGGAUAGAUUUAUGCCACCAAAUGAUCCCUUGGGGAGAGAUGGUCCAUGUCUGGAUGAUUUCUUGACAGUCUUCAAACAACAAGUACCAGGCAUUCCAAGACAAAAGCAAGGGUACAAUUAUCAUCAGCAGCAGCAACAUUAUCAGCAGCAGCAACAAAAUUAUCAGCAGCAAUACCCACAACCUUCAGGGCAUGGACAUUUUCCGCAAGGCCAAGGGCAAUUGCCACAAGGUCAAGGACAUUUGCCGCAAGGUCAGGGAUAUUAUCAGCAAGGUCAAGGCAAUUUCCAGCAAGGUCAGGGACAUUUUCCGCAUGGAAAAGGUAAUUUUGCCAAAGCAGUUAACCAGAAUGUUCAUAACUCUGAAAAUAACCAACCAUAUCAGAAACAGGGAAGUAGUGCUAAAAAUAAAACACCUGUACAAAAACAGUUAGAUGCCCAUCAGUUUGAUGAAGCUGAUAGUUCUACACAAGGAACAAAGCAGGUCAAAGGUCAGUGGAAAAAUACACAGAAAGGUCAGCAGGGUUCAUUUAGAGGUAAAGUUCAAGGUAUUCCAAGGACAGAUGAAGAGACAGAAGAUUUGUUUAAAGAAUUGAGAACAAUAUUCCCAGAUGAUGACCAAGAAGAAAAAGUCAGGAAUGUGCUAGCCAAUCAUGAUCGAGAACGAGACUUAACUAAACUCACUAAUUAUUUAAUGAGUGUUCUCUUCUAACUACCGGUAACAUAAAUGAGUUCUUUUUUGUUGUGGUUGAAUAAAACGUGGCUAUCUUGUAUUGCAUAUAAUCAAAUGAUAAGAAAUAUUUGAAUCUUUCAUUUUACACUGAUACUAGUAUUUGAGAUCAUUCGGACAAGUGCAUAAAUGGUGCAAAUUUACUGAAACAUACAUUGUAUAAGUACAAGUUACUAUGAAACAGUUGAAAAUCAUUAUGUUGUUUACAAGCAAUAUCAAAAGCUGCCUUAACACACAUUUUCUGUACACAUUCUGAUGCUAUUGUUAAGCAAUAUAGAGAUAUUCAAUUACACUAUUUUUUUUUGUGUACACAUUCUGUUCAGCCAUUCAGGUUUUUAUGUUAAUCUAGGGAGAAGAACUGUUAAAGAUACAUUGUAGUCGGAAACAUCUUGGUAUAGUUUUUGGCAUAACUUUGUGCACAGGCUUCAUGAUUCUUCUUUUUGAAUAUGUAAAAUCUCAUUUUGUUUGAAAAUUUUGCUUUUAUUAAAUUUCUUUUUUUUUGUCGAGAAGGUUGAUUUGUCAAGGCUUGAGCUUGUCUAUUCCUAGUUUUACAGAUAAAUAAAAUGAGAAUUGUUUUUAAUCAGCGUGCUUUAAUUUUUUGGUACAAUAUUCUUCAUUGGAUCUUUAUAUGAAGCUAUUUUCUGAGAUAAAUUCUAGUAAUGUUACUUUUGUACUGAAACCAGAAGGUUGAAGCAGAUUUAUCACUGAUUGAAAUAAACUGGAAAUACAAUAUUAAUGAUUUUAGAAUAUCGUAAUUUUCCCACUGGGAAGGCAGAGGGAUAUUGUUUUGGUGUUGUUCAUCCGUGUAGCCGCUAGUCUGUUCGAAAUUGACAAAAAUCUUAUGAUUCAAAAAGUAUUUGGCUAGACUAACCAAACCUCACAUAAUUAUUAAUUAUCGCAUGCCCUUUGCUCUCAUAUCGUGUUAUUCCCCUUGACCUGAUAAAGAGUUUUCCCCCUUGAUUUGAUAGAAAAAAUGUUGUAAAUGCUUGUAAUUCAAAACAAGUAUUUUAGUUAGAAUCACCAAACCUUGUAUAAUUAUUAAUUAACGUAUGACAUUUGCUCACUCCUCGACCCAGAUAAAACAGAGUUUUUUCUCCCAAACUGGUAAAAGUAAGGGAUUUUUUACUGUAAGUAACCUAUUGAUGGACCUUCAUGAAACUUCACUCAACUGUAGAUCACUAAAGGGCAGUGGUGCAGUGCAACUUUUGUCGGGACCACUUCAAUAACUAGAGUUAUUGUCCUUCAGUUGUUUUACUAUUAAAAAAUUCUCACAUAAAGUAAUCCAUUGAUGGAUCUUUAUGAAAGUUAACACAACUGUUUGUUACUAUAGGGCAGUGGUGCUUGCACACAUUUCAAGAUCACUUAAUGUAUUGUAGAGUUAAUGCUCUUUAAAUGUUUUAAAAAUUACAAGUUCCCACCAUUUCAAAGUGACCCAUAGAUUGAACUUCAUGAAAGUUAAUACGAAUAGUCAUCAGUAUACGGUGGAGUUUUCCCUUUGAUUUGGUAAAAUGUAGGAUCCAACCAACCAUGGCACAUCUUACAUAACUUGUGUAUAUCUGGAAAUUAAUAUCUUCCAAAAUAGUAGUCCCCCCAUUCACAGUACAACCUAUUCUGCGGAGGAUGUAAAUUCACAGAAUUUGCUUUUUAUUAGUGUUUGCAUUAGAAGACGCACCUUUAGCUAGAAAAUUGAAAAACUGUAAUGUUUUAUAUUCAGUUAAAAGAUGUUCAAUUUGAAUGUAUGUAUAAGUCAUAUAAAUGAUGAGGAAAUGAAAAAAUCAGUUUGAGAUAUCAAUCCUAGUGGUUUGAACUCACAAACUGUAUUAAUAUGAUGAUGCUUGACCGCCUCCAGACACUAUGUCUUCUACAAGAAAAGUUUCAUAUGCCGCAGAUAUGUGCAACCAUCUUUAGGCAUAUCUAUUGAGGCAUCCUAAAGGACAUAAAUUACAUUACAGAUACAUAUUUUAAAACAGUUUGUUCAUAUCCAAAGCAACUGUGGAAAUGGCUACAAUUAAUUCCUUGUUACUUAUUGUUUUGAUAAAUUUCUAGUAAUAAAAUGUGUUUUUGGAUGACUUUCUGUGUCCAGUUUGUAAGGAUAGGCAGAUACCUUUCAAUGUCUGGCUAAACAUUUGUCUGCCUAAAUGUUUGAAAACAUAUUUUUAAAACAUAUUUGACAUAGAGGUACACAUGCAACGUUAUGCAUCUGAGUAUUGGUCUAGGAUCCCAUUCAACCAGACUAGUAAAAUAGCUAGAGUCUCACUGUAAUAAAGCUUGAAGAUAAGUCCUGAGCUGUUUAUGUAUGCAGCCAAACCUGCCUGUAAAGACUAACCUUGGGAGAACCAACAUGUGGUCUUUACUGGGAGGUGGUCUUUAUUCACAGGUUAAAAUACACUGUAAAUGUUAAAAUGGGAAACAAAAUGUGGUCUUUAGAGCCAGGUGAUUUUAAACACAGGUUUGCCUGUACUAUACCUUUAUUAUAGAAAUGUUGUCCAGAAAGUGAAGUUGUGCACCUGUGGUUUUAUUUGGAAUUCAUCCCCCAUGUUGUUUUGUAGUAUCCUUACAACACCCCCCACCCCACUCCCCCUUGGCCAUACUCCCCAUCCCACUAAGUUAAUAUGAAAUUUACUUAGUCUUGCAGUCAACAAAUAACAUAUGACUGCACAAGGAGGACACAAUAUUCCUGUGUACACACAUCUAACUGUUUUCAUGGGCAUUUUAACCCUAGGAAAAAGCUAUAGUCAUUGCAGCUGUCUCUGAACUGUACUUUUGACUGUUUUACCAAUGAUAACUAACCUAUAUCCUGACAGUACUGAUCUAGUUGGGGAAAAUAUCUAUUAAAUAUGUCUCCGUAUGCCAUGCACACUGUAAUAUAGACAUAACUGCUAUUUUGAAGAAAAAAUAUUUUUGUGUGUAUUUUUAGCUCACCUGUCACAAAGUGACAAGUUGAGCUAUUGUGACCGCUUGAUGUCCAUCGUGCGUCGUUGGUCAACAAUUUGUAAAAAAAUCUUCUUCUUGAAAACCACUGGGCAGAAUUACACCAAACUUCACAGGAAUGAUCCUUGGGUGGCCCCCUUUCAAAAUUAUUCAAAGAAUUGAAUUCCAUGGAGAACUCUAGUUGCCAUGGAAACCGAAAGGAAAAACUUAAAAAAGCUUCUUCUCAAAAACCAGAAGCCCUAGAGCUUAGAUAUUUGGUGUGAAGCAUUGCCUAGUGGACCUCUACCAAUUUUGUUCAAAUCAUGACCCCGGGGUCAAAAUUGACCCCGCCCCAGGGGUCACUAGAUUUUACAUAGGAAAAUCUUAAAAAAUCUUUUUCUCAAAAAGCAGAAGCCCUAGAGCUUAGAUAUUUGACAUUUAGCAUUGUCUAGUGGACCUCUACUAAAAUUGUUCAAAUCAUGACCUCCGGGUCAAAAUUGACCCUGCCCCAGGGGUCACUUGAUUUUACAUAUGAAAAUCUUCAAAAAAUUUCUAAAAAUAAACCAGAAGGCCUAGAGCUUAGAUAUAUGACAUGUAGCAUUGCCUAGUGGACCUCUACAAAAUUUGUUUAAAUCAUGACCCCGGGUUCAAAAUUGACCCCGUCCCAGGGGUCACUUGAUUUUGCAUAGGAAAAUCUUAAAAAAUCUUCUUCUCAAAAACCAGAAGCCCUAGAGCCUAGUGGACCUCUACCAAGUUUGUUCAAAUCAUGCCCCCGCCCCAGGGGUUACUUGAUUUUACAUAGGAAAAUCUUUAAAAAAUCUUCUUCUCAAAAAGCAUAAGCCCUGGAGCUUAGAUAUUUGACAUGUAGCAUUGCCUAGUGGACCUCUACUAAAGUUGUUCAAAUCAUGACCCCGGGGUCAAAAUUGACCCCGCCCAAGGGGUCACUUUAUUUUACUUAUGAAAAUCUUCAAAAAAUUUCUAAAAACAAACCAGAAGGCCUAGAGCUUAGAUAUUUCACAUGAAGCAUUGCCUAGUAGACCUCUACAAAAUUUGUUUAAAUCAUGACCCUCGGGGUCAAAAUUGGCCCUGCUGCCGGGGUCACUUGAUUUUACAUAUGAAAAUCUUCAAAAAAAAUUUAAAAAUAAACCAGAAGGCCUAGAGCUUAGAUAUUUGACGUGUAGCAUUGCCUAGUAGACUUCUACAAAAUUUGUUCAAAUCAUGACCCCCAGGAUCAAAUUGGAUCCGCUCCAUGGGGUUACUUGAUUUUACAUAGAAAAAUCUUCUAAAUUUUCUAAAACAAAACCCAGAAGUUCAAAUCUUGACCCCCCCCAGGGUCAAAUUGACCCAGCCCCAGGGUUGCUUGAUCAUGCAUAGGGAAAUCUUCAUAAAUUUGCUAAAAAUAAACCAGAAGGCCUAGAACUUAAAGUUUUAGCUAAGAAAUUUGUUCCAGCAAGCAACUCUACUCAGGUGAGCGAUAUAGGGCCAUGAUGGCCCUCUUGUCUUUAUUUACCUUUAUUAUAGGUUAAGUAUAUAAAUUAAUAGCUCUAAUUUCUUCAAAUUCCAACGAAAAUGAUGUAUUUGAUGACAUCACUCGGGUUUGUAAGAUCUUGAACUUACAACAUGUAGAAGUGCUGAAAAGAGAAUAGGUUGAACUUACAGGAGAAGUUUUAUGUAGGUUGACAGAUACUCUUUUUCAUUUUUUUUGUAAAAAUGCACUGAAUACAGAAUUAUCAAUUUGAAAUGAAGCAUUAAUGUGUAUAUAUAUAUAUAUAAUAUAUAUAUUACUCAA